AUGAAGGCAUCUCGUCCUGACACGACGAUGGCUGCCAACACGACGACAUUCAGCGACCUUCCAUUGCACAGAGAUAUUGGUCAUGCACUAAAAGAAAUGCGUUUCCUUCGUCCAUCACCCAUUCAGCUGCAUGCGCUGCCCGUGGCUCUGUUUGGGAACGAUGUUAUUGGUCAGGCCAAGUCCGGUACGGGUAAGACGGCAGUCUUUGGGAUCACCGCUAUCGAACACGCAAUUCGGCACGUAGAACAGAGACGUUGCAGAAGAGAAAAAAUAGUGGUCGGUGAUCCAUUAGCGUUGAUAUUAGCCCCCACCCGAGAGAUCGCGGUCCAGAUUGAGUGUGUGCUGCGCCAAUUGGCACGAUUCCAACCAGAGAUUAUUAUCCGCACUUGCAUUGGUGGACUACCGAUGGCUCAAGAUCAGAUACACCUGGCAACGGGGUGUCAUAUUGUGGUGGGCACACCGGGACGUGUGAUGGCGCUUAUGGAGCAGUGUUUGCUGCCAUGCAGCGCUAUUCGAUUGCUGAUACUAGACGAAGUCGACAAACUAAUGGCACAAGAUUUUGAGAAAGAUAUCCGAUACAUUGCAAACGCUAUUCCUGAAAGGCGGCAGACACUCGCAUUUUCAGCCACCUUCACACCUGACCAGUUAGUUGCUCUGGUGCUGGUCAUGAGAGCCCCGCAGAUCGUUCGAGUUCAAGGCCCACAAGAAGUGACAACUGAGUUCAUUUCAUCCUCCGAAGAUCUUGCUAGUUGGGAGACACGCGAGCAGUCAAAGACGCCGGAGCUUUGGCUUCGCCAGGUGCGGCAGUUUUACAGCGUUAUCAAGCCAUUGACCUCGUCACAUGCCGGGGGUGAUACGCUUAACAUGAAAGCCAAGGUGGUGAAGCUGGUGGCGAUUCUAUCGGAAAUUGUGUUUGCACAAUGCAUGGUGUUCUGCAACGACAAAUUUCGAGCUGAAGCCUUGGCCACCGCCCUUUCUAGGCAGGGCUGGCCAGCAGCAUGUAUCACUGGCUCACAACCUCAAACUACGCGCAUGGAAGUCAUGGAAGAAUUUCGAAAGACACACUCGCGUGUAUUGGUGUCAACUGAUCUCACUGCGCGAGGCAUUGACGUUGACAAAGUCAAUUUCGUGGUAAAUCUAGAUCUACCCCGGGAUCCAGUGACGUAUCUGCACCGUGUUGGAAGAACGGGCCGUUUUGGCGGAAAAGGGUUGGCAGUGACUUUGCUCUCGCAUGAUAAAGUCCAAGGAAUUCAUCUUCUCGGGCGAGUUUUUAAAAUGGAGAUUAGCGAGCUGCCAACUCCAAUUCCAACAGAGAUUUACACUUAUGCGGCUGAAAAUGCAGACGAUAGUGACGAAGCAGAGCAGUUUGUCCCAUGUGUCGUCACAGAGACGUUGUUCGCUAAUGAGAGAAGCGUUCAGAGUUCUUCUGAUAAACUUGAACGCAAAGUGGAGACUGCCAUAGAAGACGAAAAUGUCGUGAACAAGUCAUUGCCGAGAGGAUGUGUCAAUCCAUAUGAACAGGAAGAACACGCAUACGAGUACUGGGUGAAGUUACUGUAG